AUGAACCAAACUAAGUCUAUAGGACAGGUAGAAUAUCCAACUAUACCUAUACAACAGGUUGGGCUGAAUAGGGUGGGGAGAGCUUUUAAUAGUUCUAAAGAUCUGAAUGCUGUGGGAAUGCAAGUUCGUGGGGCUGAUGUGCAAGUUGAUGUUCUUGGGAAGUUUUCUUUCAAUAUGGAGGGCCUUUCUUUUCCGAUUUUAACCUCUGACAAUUUGGAUCACCAUGGUGACUUUGUUGAUCAAGGUGAUGCUGAGUUUGAUGUGGGUACGACUAUGGUCGUUAAACAAGCUGCCUCUACUAGUGGUGAGGCUAAGCAAAAUGUAAGGGGUGCUGGCAAGGAAAGUUGUGCUCAAACGAAGACUUUGGCUAGACUUGAAGGCAUUCAAAGGAAGUUAUGUUUAAGUUAUAACCCCUAUCUCAAUAAGCUUGAGAAUGAGUUUUCUACUGAGUAUAAUUUGAUCCUUGAGCAGGAAGAGUUGUUUUGGUUACAGAAGUCUAGAAAUACUUGGUUAAAGGAAGGGGAUAGAAACACUCACUUUUUCCACUUGUCUACUGUCAUAAGGAGGAGGAGGAAUAAACUUGAAGGUCUGAAUAAUGAGGCUGGAAUUUGGAUCACUAAUAAGGUUGGAAUGGAACUGACUAUUGUCAAUUACUUCCAAGGGUUGUUUGGUGAUACUGGUCUGGUUGAUGAUUAUAGGUUGCUCCCUCAUCUUUUUCCAAGGUUGGCUGAUAUGGAUUUAGAAGGAUUGUGUUCUGCUGAUAUCAAUGAGACGUUGAUCGCUUUGGUGCCUAAAGUUGAGAGACCUGUUUCCAUGACUCAGCUUCGCCCCAUUAGUCUUUGCAACACUCUCUAUAAAGUGAUUUCUAAGAUUCUUGUUGCUCGGCUUCGGCCCUGUAUGGCUAGUUUGGUCAUCCUAAUCAAGUGA